GGGAGGAGUUUGUGAGUGUGCUGUGAGUAACAGGUGUUCGGCAGCAGCAGCUGCUGUUCACAAACACAGAGACGCAGAGCGAUACGGAGCUACAGCAGAUGAUCGAUAAAAACCCCAAUAACCGCUGAUCGAUCGAUCUCCUCCACCUCCGGUCCUGAUCCGCCUCCUCCGGUUCCUGUCCAUCCGUCUGCUCCGGGCUGCUCCAUGCAGGGGAGCGGCUGAUCCAUGGGCCGCUCUCCGGUGAGCCUGUCCAGACUGAAGCUGGGGAAGUUAAAGGUGGUGCGGCGGCAGCUGCUGCAGCGCUAUGAGCACCAGCCGUUUGUCUCCUGUCUGGCCGGCCUGUACGGCUGCCAGUGGAGACGCUACCAGCGCGCCAAAGCCCAGCCGGGGGAAUGCUGCUGUAGUCGGUUGGAGUGCAGUUGUUUCGCUCUCCUCAUCGUAACGUUUAUCCUGACCCUGAUAUUCCUGUACUUCUGGAGUGAGGCGCAGAAUGACUACAACGACUUUGACUGGUUUAACUUCGGGAACCUGGGCUUCUGGUUCCCGUGGUCGGUGGUGUUGUUGGUGGUCGCCGCCGCUCUCUUCACCUACAUCGCCCUCCUGCUGGUCCUAGCGGUGUGCCUUCUCUCUGAAGGACAGAGGCUUUACCUCCACUGGAGCCACAAGAUUGGUAUCCUGGUGACUCUCACCUUCUCUAUCAGUGCCACAGCUGUGCUCUCAGACGUAUGGAGCAAAGAAUGGACGACGCUGCUCCUUUCUUUUCAGGUCACAGCUCCCUUCCUUCACGUGGGCGGAGUUUCACUAAUGACACUUCUGUCCUGGCCAAUAGCCUUACACUUCUUUCGCAUGAACAAGAGAGUGAGGCAGGUGGCUCUCCUCAGCUUGUUCCUGGCGGUUCUCUUCGCCCUGUAUCUGGUGCCAUUGGGCAUGUAUUCACCCUGCAUUAAAGAGAAGGGCACACUGGGGCCGGCGCCCACCCUCUUCGGACACAGAGGAGCACCCAUGCUUGCACCAGAAAAUACCCAGAUGUCUUUUGAGAAGGCUGUAGAAUCGGGAGGAGAGGGACUGGAGACAGACGUCACAAUCAGGUGUUCCCCAACCGGACAGACACCCACCUCCAAUUACACGCUGGAGAUGCUCAGCGCUGGAUCCUGGUUUCUUCAAAGGGAUCCUUUCGGCACGGCCUCUUCUCUUGAUGCAGACGAGAAGGUUCAGGUCCAGAACCAGACGGUACCCACCCUGAAGGAGUUCCUGAAUCUGGCUGCCCAGCAUGAGAGGCUGGUGAUCUUUGACCUCAGACGUCCACCCCGAGGACACCCCUACAGAGACACGUGGAUCACACGCACCCUGGAGGUCAUACACAACGAGUCCUCCAUUAACUCCAGCCAGGUGUUGUGGCUGCCGGCCGAUCAGAGGAGUCUGGUGCAGGAGCUGGACCCGGAGCUGCAGCAGACGUCUGGAGAUCCCGCCUCCGUAGAGGAGCUGCAGGAGAAGCACAUCGUCCGACUCAACCUCCAUUACAGCUACAUGUCACAGGAGCAGAUCAGAAAGUACUCCUCUGUGAACAUCAGCACUAACCUGUAUGUGAUCAGUCAGCCGUGGUUAUAUUCGCUGGCGUGGUGCGCAGGCGUUCAUUCAGUCACUACAAACGCCCUGCACGUCCUCAAGAAACUUGAGCGCCCCUUGUUCCUCAUGACUCCAGAUGAAUACAGUCUGAUGUGGAUCCUGACCGACAUCGUCUCUGCUUUCCUCAUCACAGCUAUUUUCAUUUUCCACUGGUGGCGUGAGCGAGGUUUGCCCUUCUGGUCGGGCAGUAGACAGGUGAAUGAGAACGGACCGUACAGCAAGUUCCGGACGGAAGCGUCUGAGGUCCAAGGCAUUCGCUGGAACCCUCUGUUCUUUGACGGGCCGUCACUGUCCCGGGACCUCGACCUCCCCCUGCAUGUUCCCCCUAUGCAUGGCUUCCCCGUCCCCAUCUGACCCUCCAUCACUCUCAUUACGAGCCGCUCUCAUCUCUCUCCUUCUCGUCCACGGUCCGUCCGGACGGCAGAGCUGAGCGAUGUCUGGUCCAUCUCCAGCAUCAGUGUCCGUGGAGAGAUUAGGAGCUCACCCCUCACACCCAACCUGCCCACCAUCAGCGAGGAGCCGCCCAUCUGAACCCCUCACAACACAGAUCUGUGGAGGGAGUGAAGCCUGCAGACCUGGAGCCGCUGUCAGCAUCAUCACACCAUCAUUUGCAUUCGAGCUUCAAACUCUGAGCUUCUGGUGUUGCUGCUUCAAAUUGUGAAAGAUUUCUUGGUAUAAAGACAGUUUUCACAGUCUAGUCUUGACUAGGCUUGGAGACAAAAGUACAUGACUUUAUGUAUUUUGAACAGUGAUAUUAAAUUACCCUCUAUUAUUAUUAUUACAGCUAAUAUGAAGACAUAUAUAUA